AUGAGUGUGCGUUACGUCAAGGUCAAAGUGGUAACGUUUUCGUAUUGCACUGCUGGAUUGAAUUUAUUAUCAAUAAUGAGUAGAAUUAGGACAUCUCUUGGAGUUUUAAGUCUUGGAUUUGGAUUGUUCACUGCAGAAGCUUUGUAUUCUGGAAAUGAGCACUUCUAUAAGGAUUGGUUUCUACCUACUGCCCGUAUCUUAGUCCGUGAUGGUGAAACUGCCCACAAUUUAUCAGUUUACUUAGCAAGUCAUGGUUUUAUACCACAUAAACCUCGAAACUCAUUCCCUCACCUCAAAUGUAAAGUUUUUGGACUCGAAUUCGACCAUCCCAUAGGAUUAGCUGCAGGUUUUGAUAAAAAUGGAGAGGCAUUUAUGGGUCUCUUAAAUGCAGGAUUUUCACAUAUUGAAGUUGGAACUGUCACACCGGAUCCUCAGCCAGGUAACACACGUCCUCGUAUAUUCAGAUGGACCAAGAAAGAAGCGGUAAUAAACCGAUGUGGGUUUAACAGUGAUGGGCAUGAUGCUGUAUAUGAAAGACUCAAAGAUCGUCCAUGGGAAGGCCGUGGUGUAAUUGGUGUCAAUUUAGGCUGCAAUAAAACAAGUACAGAUCCAACUGCUGAUUAUGUGGCAGGUGUUCGGAAGUUUGGCGAAGUAGCUGACUAUUUAGUAAUCAAUGUGUCUAGUCCAAAUACUCCAGGACUACGCUCCCUACAGACUAGAGAAAAAUUGCGCGAUCUCUUAUCUAAAGUAUUAUCAGCUCGAAAUCAAUUAUUGAAAAAAACUCCUAUUUUAUUAAAAAUCUCUCCAGAUGAAAAUGAUCAAAGUUUAAAAGAUAUAGUGGAAGUUGCUUUGAAUUCGAAAACUCGAAUAGAUGGAAUGAUCAUUUCAAACACAACACUUGCAACUUAUGAAGAGGCUGUAGCUUGUGGUGCUGCUCCAAUACCAGGGAACAAUGAACAAAAUGUUGUAUAUGGUGGCUUAAGCGGUCGACCAUUAUUUGAAAAAUCAACAGAUUGUUUAAGGAAAGUUUCUGCAUUAACCAAAGGUGCUAUACCCCUGAUCGGUGUUGGUGGUAUCAGCUGCGGUGA